AGUUGUUAUCGCAAGUCCAAUGAGUCGCAGUUUCACACAGAUAAUCAUUAGUUGAUGGGGCUUUUUUAUUUUUUUAUUAUUAUUUCGAUUAUUUCGUGUGAUUUGUUUCGCCAUACGUCUUCGCUGAGAGUGUCUUUAUUACAGACGCCUGUGCGGCCAGUACCAAUGUGAAUCCGACCCCCUUGUUGUCAACGGUACCAGCUGGUGCAACAGAGGAGCCGACAGCUAUGAAGGCAUCGAUAACGCAGGCGUCUCCGUUUGAAAUCACGAAGUCCCCCCGCGAUACACACUCCUUCCUGGGCAUCUCAAUGCCGGAGUACCAGCCGCGGAGCAAGAACUCGCAUUCGGGAAGCGUACGCUGCAGGAUGGCGGUCAUCGUUCUCUUCCUGCUGGCUUGCGUGCUGCUCCCCUUGCUGGUCGUCACGUGGCUCUACUUGUUCGCCAAUCAGGACGCGCCGAGCUCCUUUCCCGUCUGCUCGACCGACGGCUGCCUGAACCACGCGGCGGCACUGAGUGCCAAACGGAAUCGUUCCCUGGACCCCUGCGAAGACUUCGGCCUGUACGUCUGCGCGGCCUGGAAGCGCAAGCACACGAGCCUCACCAGGACAAUCGUUGAGGAGGUGGUCCUGGACUCCAUUCUGGAGCAGAGCCGGCCGAAGAUGAGUGAAUACCACGGCGACGUGCCGUUGGGACAACGACCCGAGCACUUCAUGGCGCUGUGCGAAGCGGCCAGGCCGAGUGACGACGUCUCAGCCGUCAGAGCGUUCAAGGAGUUUGUGGAGGGCGAGCUUGGUUUCCUGGAUCCUCCUAAGAAGCCUCCUGGCGACGGGAGGCUGCCGGCCAACAGCAGCCUACACGCGCAGCUUCUCAAAGCACUGGUCGUUCUCAGCGGCAAGGUAUCGUUUAUAGUUGGCGCACUGCGUCAAUGAUACAUAUAUAGAAAGAGAAUAAAUUGAUUGCGAUUCAGCACCUGUAA